GGAGGAGCGGUCGCUGCGCGUUAGUCUGGGAGUGGUGCGGGCGCCUGGUUCCAUCUGAGCCACACCCAGCCGGGACAGGCUCAGGCCCACCGGGUUCCUGGUACGGUGGACAGAGUUUGUAACACCGUGUUAAAGUGAGUCUGUGUGAGGAAAGAAUUUUGUGGACUACAUCAGUGUGAGUGUGGGGAGAGCCUCAGAGUCUCACCAUGUCUGGGAAACGGAAGCGAGUGGUGUUGACUAUUAAAGAUAAGCUUGAUAUAAUAAAGAAACUCGAAGACGGAGGUUCUUCCAAACAACUGGCAGUGAUUUAUGGAAUUGGUGAGACAACAGUCCGGGAUAUAAGAAAAAAUAAGGAAAAGAUUAUAACUUAUGCAAGCAGUUCUGAUUCCACAAGUCUUCUGGCUAAGAGGAAAUCUAUGAAGCCAUCUAUGUAUGAGGAACUGGACAGAGCAAUGCUGGAAUGGUUCAACCAGCAAAGAGCAAAAGGGAAUCCUGUAUCGGGACCCAUUUGUGCAAAAAGGGCAGAGUUCUUCUUUUAUGCUUUGGGAAUGGAUGGCGAUUUUAACCCCUCUGCGGGUUGGUUAACUCGUUUUAAGCAGCGGCACAGCAUUAGAGAAAUAAACAUUAGAAAUGAAAGAUUAAAUGGUGAUGAGACCGCUGUGGAAGAUUUUUGUAACAACUUCCGAGACUUUAUUGAAGGAGAGAAUCUGCAGCCUGAACAAAUCUACAAUGCAGAUGAAACAGGACUAUUUUGGAAAUGCCUACCUUCUAGGACUUCAGUAAUCAAAGGUAAAUGUACUGUCUCUGGGCACAAGUCAAUAGAAGAAAGAGUGACUGUCAUGUGUUGUGCCAAUGCAACAGGUUUACACAAACUUAAACUUUGUGUGGUAGGCAAAGCGAAGAAACCUCGCUCCUUCAAGUCAACUGACACCUCAAACUUGCCCGUUUCUUAUUUCAGCCAGAAAGGUGCAUGGAUGGAUCUUUCCAUUUUCCGACAAUGGUUUGACAAGAUCUUUGUGCCAGAAGUUCGAGAACACUUAAGAUCCAAAGGCCUGCAGGAAAAGGCUGUGCUCUUGCUGGAUAAUUCACCAACACAUCCAAAUGAAAAUGUCCUUAGAUCAGAUGAUGGCCAAAUAUUUGCUAAAUAUUUACCACCUAAUGUGGCUUCAUUGAUUCAGCCUUUGGACCAGGGUGUCAUAGCAACAAUGAAGAGAAACUAUCGUACAGGUCUUCUCCAGAACAACUUGGAAGAAGGUAAUGAUCUGAAAUCAUUCUGGAAAAAGUUAACUCUGCUAGAUGCACUUUAUGAAGUGGCAAUGGCAUGGAAUUUAGUAAAGCCAGUUACCAUUAGCAGAGCAUGGAAGAAGAUUCUCCCUACCAUAGAGGAGAAAGAAAGCUUGGACUUUGAUGAAGAAGAUAUUUCACUGGCUACUGUGGCCACCAUUUUACAACACACCAAAGGCUUGGAAAAUGUGACUACUGAGAACAUUGAAAAAUGGUUUGAAGUGGAUAGCACUGAACCAGGGUAUGAAGUAUUAACUGACAGCGAAAUCAUCAGAAGAGCACAAGGCCAGACAGAUGAAUCCAGUGAAAAUGAGGAGGAGGAAAUAGAACUGAUUCCAGAGAAACAUAUCAAUCAUGCAGCUGCUCUGCAAUGGACAGAAAAUUUAUUGGAUUAUCUAGAACAACAAGGUGAUAUGAUUCUGCCUGAUAGACUGGUGAUACGUAAACUUCGAGCCACCAUCAGAAAUAAACAGAAGAUGACCAACUCAAGUCAAUAAUGGCAUUUUGCUGUUACUGUUUUGGUGACUGUGUUGAUAACUUUGAACUUCUUUCCAAUAAUGGCUUUAUUUUGUUUGUGUUCUGAAUUCUCACACAGUCCUAUCAAAUACAGAUAGAAAUAUGUGUCUGAAGUGCUUUGAGAAUUGUGUGUUGCAUCAUCUCUGUCUCUUGUCCUUUUACUUACGCAGAUAAUCUAAAGCUGGUUCUGUAUGAAUAUAAAUUACAUGUAUGCAUUUUCACUUUUGUAGAUCUGUAAUUAACCCAUAACAGUGGGAUUCUCUAAAUUUUCUAGCAAAAAUUAACAGAUUGAGCAUUUUCCUGAUGUCUUUUGUUUGAUUUGUGAGCACUGCCACGGUAAUCUUUUCUUGUGCUAACCCUCUUAAAUGGUUAUCUGUUUUGUGUACUGUAUAUGCUGAAAGAAUGAGGAAAUACCUAUAUUGUUAGAUUUCAGGGUGAUCUAUAAUAAUUCAAAAUGAAGUUCAGUAAUGAGAAGGAAACAGUGAUAUGUGAAUUCCAGAAAACUUAGAAAAUUUUUUUGAUUGCAUUGGGGGAGACUUUUCUGGAAAUGGAACUAAAUAUAAUACAGGAAGGGAUUGCCCAGUUAGAAAACUAUUGGAAAGCAGAUACAUAAAAUAUUGUAAACAGCUCACUUGUAGAACACUGGAAGUUGAAAAUUUGGGGAAUUUUAUGUAAAGGGAAGAAAUUGUGUUUUUUAAAUUGGGUAACAGGAGAGGUCAAGUUAUUCAUCUAAUUAUAGUACAGGUUUUGUAAGGUUACAUGCAGUAUUGUCAUUUGAGUUCCCACCUUACAUGU